GGACUGAUACAAUCUUGACUAGUCAGCUUACAUGUGUAAAUCAUUACGUUACUGUGUUAGCCACUUCCUCUACGCAGCAAUGACAAGACUGGAAGAAGCAAACCGAGAAGUGAGCAUGCAUUCCUCUGUCCGGUAUCUGGGCUAUUUAGCCCGAAUGAAUUUACUAGUUGCAAUAUGCAUGGGCCUUUAUGUCAGAUGGGAGAAGAAUGCAGAUGCAUUAAUACUUGUGAUUUUUAUCCUGGCUCUUUUUGUUCUUGGAAUUGCCAGUAUACUUUAUUACUAUUUUUCCAUGGAAACGGCGAGUUUAAGUCUUUCUAAUCUUUGGUUUGGAUUUUUACUUGGCCUUCUCUGUUUUCUCGAUAAUGAUGCUUUUAAAAAGGAUGUGAAAGAAGAAGCAACCCAAUACUUGCUCCUUUCCUCAAUCAUUAUAAGGAUAUUGCAUGCUUUGGUGCAGCGGAUAUGUGGCUGCAUCCAUCAUCGACCCACUCUGCUAACAACAGUUGAGUUCCUGGAACUGGUUGGGUUUGCAAUUGCCAGUACAACUAUGCUCAUACAAAAAUCCAUGAGCAUUAUUCUGUUGGUUGUGGCUUUAGCAAUGCUCAUUAUUGAUUUGCGGAUGAAGUCUUUCCUUGCCAUUCCAAAUUUGGCAAUCUUUGGCAUCCUUGCCUCAGUAUUGUUUUUUCCUUCCCUAGCAAUACCCACAAAUCCAUUUGCCUUGGGAUGCUUUUUUAGCUGUCUAAUCACAGACCCUCUUCUUGACGUAUACUUCAGUGGACUUUCAGUUAUAGAACGUUGGAAACCCUAUUUAUUUCGUGGGAGAGCUUGUCGAAGAUUUUCUGUCAUCUUUGUUGGACUUGUUGAACUUAUUUCUUUCAUACUAUCAGCCUUCAAGCUGGGUGAUUUGGAUCUUUGGUAUUUUGUGAUACCGGGGUUUUCCAUAUUUGGAAUUUUCUGGAUGGUCUGCCAUAUCAUUUUUCUUAUAACACUUUGGGGAUUUCAUACAAAAUUGAAUGAUUGUCACAAAAUCUACUAUACGCACAGGGCAGAGAACAACAGCCUUGAUAGAGUCAUGGCAUCUAAAGGAAUGCGUCAUUUUUGUUUAAUUUCUGAGCAACUUGUGUUUUUCAGCCUUCUUGCAACAGCGAUUUUGGGUGCUGUAUGUUGGCAGAAAUCCAAUGGAAUCUUCAUGAGUGUGUUUCUGAUUGUCUUACCUCUUGAAUCCAUGGCUCAUGGGUUAUUUCAUGAACUGGGAAACUGUUUGGGAGGAACAUGUGUAGGGUAUGCAGUUGUGAUUCCUACCAAUUUCUGCAGUUCUGAUGGCCAACCAACCCUGCUUCCACCUGAGCAUGUACAAGAGCUAAACUUGAGAUCAACAGGCAUGCUUAAUGCCAUUCAAAGAUUCUUUGCAUAUCAUAUGAUUGAGACUUACGGCUGUGACUAUUCUACAAGUGGACUUUCUUUAGAUACCCUGCAUUCCAAGCUGAAAUCAUUUCUUGAACUUAGGACACCUGAUGGACCCAGACAUGACACCUAUGUUCUGUAUUACAGUGGCCAUACUCAUGGCACUGGGGAAUGGGCACUAGCAGGUGGCGAUGCAUUACGGCUGGUCACACUUUUAGAAUGGUGGAGAGAGAAGAAUGGCUCUUGUUGUUCACGGCUUAUUAUAGUCUUAGACUGUGAGAAUUCUCAGCCUUGGGUUAAAGAAGUAAGAAAAGUCAAUGACCAGUAUAUUGCAGUACAAGGAGCAGAACUGGCCAAAGUGGUGGAUGUUGAGGAAGCAGACCCUCCAUGCCUUGGUGACUUUACUAGAGAAUGGGUGGAAUACAAUUGUAACCCUGACAGUGACAUCAGUUGGUUUGACAAGGGGCGAACUGUCAAAGCCAUGUACGGAGUGUCAAAACGAUGGAGUGACUAUACUUUACACUUGCCAACAGAAAGUGAUGUUGCCAAACACUGGAUGAUGUAUUUUCCCCGUAUCACCUACCCUCUGAUUCAUCUGGCUAACUGGUUCUGUGGUCUUAACCUUUUUUGGAUCUGCAAGGCUUGUUUUAGGUGUUUGAAAAGGUUAAAAAUGAGUUGGUUCCUUCCUACAGUAUUGGACACAGGACAGGGCUUCAAACUUGUCAGAUCUUAAAUUAAGAACCAAAGAUGAGCAGGAGCUCUUAAAAUUUUAACAUAUGAAUGACUUGUAACAGUUUAUGCUGUUGAAGGAAACUUGCUACUUUUUGUAGCGGCAUCCCCUUUGUUCAUUACCUUGAGCAACAGUAUAUGUGAAGGGUUAAAUUCUGUUAGGAAACCAAGAACA